AUGGGUCUCUUAAAGCGCCAAGUCAUUUUGAUUGGCUUCGGUUUGGCUUGUAUUUUCGUUCUUACUGCUCGUCAGCUUUCUCAGUCAUGGAGCAAUGAUCCACCCAGUUUGCGCCUGCGAGACUACAAUAAUUUUCAAUCAACAUUCUACAACCAGUCGAGGGCGUCCAAUGCCACUCGCUAUGGAAGCAGGCGCCCUUAUGCGCCUCAGCCCAAAUUCGUCCCUGGUUCACCAAAGCCUCCAGGCUCAAAGUAUAACAGGACGUUAGUCGUACCGCGAACCAAAAAAGAAGACACAAGUUGGAUUCACGAAGAGUUGCCAGACUGGGACAGCGCCAUCUACGUCGUGGACGAUCCAAAAGCACCUCUGCAUCCACCGCGGAACAAGGGCCACGAGGUCAUGGUGUACCUCUCGUACAUCAUCGACUUCUACGAGGAGCUGCCGGAUGUCGCCGUGUUUAUGCAUGCUCACCGGAAAGCCUGGCACAACGAAGACUUCUUCGACGGGGACGCGGCCGAUAUCCUCAGACGGCUCAGCCUUGAACGUGUCAUCCGGGAAGGAUACAUGAAUACGCGUUGCGCGUUCGCACCUGGAUGUCCCGCUUGGAUUCAUCCCGGCGCUGUGGACGAGGACGAGUCCAAACAGGAGGAGGUCCUGCUCGCCCGCGCUUGGGGGGAAUUGUUCCCCGACAUACAAGUCCCCUCUGUAUCGUCGCAGCCAUGUUGUGCACAAUUCGCGCUGUCUCGAGAUCGCAUUCGCGCAAUCCCACGGGCUCGAUUCAUCUUCUACCGCGACUGGUUACUGCAGACAGAGUUGAGUGAUUAUAUCACGGGCCGAAUUUGGGAAUAUCUCUGGCAAGUUGUGUUUACAGGCGAACCGGUUCUUUGUGUAGAGGAGAGUGUCUGCCUCUGUGACGGCUAUGGAUUCUGCUUUGGUGGACCUGAACAGUAUCGCGCCUGGCGCAAUCUCGAUGCCGAACGAGAGGCCCUACAGCGACAAUUCGAUGACUGGGUCUUCAUGGCCGAAGACUACGAGGUCGCAAAAGCAGAGGGGCUGGUUGAUGAGCUUGAGGAGAUGAAGAUCCUUCCACCGGCGGAAGAAGCAGAGAUUGAGGCGCAGCUUGCCGAGAAGAAUAAGAUGGUUGUUGAUCUCUUUGAUGCCGCCGUCGAACGAGGUAAAGACCCGAAGAAUCGUGCUUCUGAGGCCGGUCGACCUUGGAAGGAAGGUGAUGGCUUUUAG